AGAGGCUGUGUGUUCUCUGCAGGGUUUUGUCACCUCCCCCUGCCUCCACCACUGCCUCUGCUGCUGCUGCUGCCUGCCUGCCCUCGAUCAUUCAUAGGCUAGGUGACGUUCAUCUCUCCAGACCACACCAACCGUUCCUCGCAGUCCGUCUUUUCCAGGCAUGGGUGACGGUUGCACACAGACAUGGCACUGCGACAUUACACCCUCGACUUCAGCCUCUCUACGCCGGUUGACUCUGCUUCCACAGUCCAUGGUCUUCUAUCCAUAUUUCAUGAGCAGGAAAUGACAGAAACUGUCCAUGAUACAGAGGGACAUGGCUAUAUUGCUACUUUUGUAGGCAAAAAUGGUCGGCUUGUUAUUCUGCGUGUGCACUCCCACGGGCUGAUCACCAUUGAUCUACAAUGUUAUGAAGAUGAUAACAUUGUGCAGCUAGACAAUCUUUUAAAUGCACUGGAAAAGAAGCUAAAGACUCUCUUACAUGGCAAUAUUAAGAGGAUUAAAAGGCUCCCCGCCCUUAUACGAGGAGCAAAAGUUGACCGUUACUGGCCCACAGCUGAUGGCAGACUGGUAGAGUAUGACAUAGACCGAGUGGUGUAUGAAGAGGACUCUGCAUACCAAAACAUAAAGAUAUUACACUCGGGGCAGUUUGGGAACAUCCUGGUCCUCAACGGAGAUGUUAACUUGGCGGAGAGCGACUUGUCAUACACCCAAGCCAUUAUGGGUAGUGGAAAAGAGAAUUAUGCUGGAAAGGAUGUGCUAAUACUAGGAGGCGGAGAUGGGGGCAUCCUCGCCGAAACAGUCAAACAAAAGCCAAAGAUGGUCACUAUGUUGGAGAUUGACCAGAAGGUGAUUGAUGGGUGCAAAAUGCAUAUGAGAAAGACUUGUGGGAACGUUCUUGACAACCUGAAGGGAGACUGUUACCAAAUAUUAGUUGAGGACUGUGUCCCUGUGCUUAAGAAAUAUGUCCAGGAGGGUCGGACAUUUGAUUAUGUUAUUAAUGACCUCACUGCAGUCCCAAUAUCCACAGAACCAGAAGAAGACUCGACAUGGGAGUUCCUGCGUCUCAUCUUAGAUCUGUCAAUAAAAGUCCUGCGUUCCACUGGAAAAUAUUUCACCCAGGGGAACAGUGUGAAUCUGACAGAGGCACUGAGUCUGUAUGAGGAGCAGCUGGGAAAGCUCUCGUGUCCUGUGGACUUCUCCAAAGAGGUGGUGUGUGUGCCCUCCUACUUGGAGCUUUGGGUUUUCUACACCGUGUGGAAGAAAUAAAGAUCUCCCGUUUUCUUGGCUUGAAUCCCCAGCUGCUGGAAUGUGAAUAUUCACCCCAUGUCUGCUGUAUCUCCAAAAGGUGUGUUCAGGCUGAAUGUGACAGAAUCUGGACUCUGAAUAGUAGCGGUCAUGGAAAAACACAAAAUUGGUUUCCUGUGGUUGAGUCUGUGUAGCUAAUACACACACACACCAAACAAACCAGACUCUUAUUGGUAAACGAAUGUUGGCCAGCUACAGCUAACAUCUGGAGUGUACCGGGCUGUGUGUGGCUCAUUAGUAAGGACUGCAAAAACACUCCAAUGUUUCCUGUGAAUCAGUUAAAAAGAAAAUAAAAAAUAGUGUUCAGUCUGAACUCACCUUAAAGUUGAGGUUGACAGUUUUAUUACCCCCCCUCUGUCAUCCUCAGCACACCUGAAGCUUCCUCCUCUGUCCUACCAGUUCUCUUUGUUUUAGUUGAUGUGUUUUACCAUAUUUUGCUGCAACUCAUCAGGUUGUAUUUUGUUUGUCUUACCUGAUAUCGAAUGUCCAUUUGCAUGUGCUCUGAAGUUGUUAGAUGUAUAAACACUGAUCUGAUACACUGACAAAGUGGUGUAGCUCAUCUUACAAGUGUUUGCCUUUUUACUCUUUUCGUUACUCUUUAAAUCUGAUUUCUAAGGUCAGCUUGUGUGAUAGGCCAAUACAUUCUCUCAGCCCAGCUGAAGUGAGUCGCUUUUAGCUCUGUUCUUGUUACUGGCACUCAGAUGUGAUUUAUUUCUUUCAGGUUGCAUCAAGUAAUGUGAUCAUGCCCAGUAAGACUGAAGUCUGAAUGUGUUUUAAAAGGGAAACAAUUCCACCACUUUAAUGCCGCCUUUGUGCUUGUGCUGUUUUUAUGUUAUGUUUAAUUAGCACCUUUGUUUUCUCCUGAUAUAUUUUGAGUUUUUUAAGACUGUAUUAGGUGCACGUAAAGGACGGUGAAUGUAGCUUGCAUAUACAGUACACAACACGUUGACACGUGAUUGACCCUAUGGGACAUCGAUACUUUUAUUUAUUAAGUACAAUUUCACCAAAAGCUGUUCUGUCCUAGUUUUGCGGCCAUCUACAAUUAAAGUGUAUUUUGGGGGAGAAA